AUGCUACAAGUACCUCAGGGAAAUAGAGACAUUCCAUCAAUAUUUGAUACAGCGAAUGACAAGAUUAAAGAUAUAAAACUGAAGCCAAAGAAUUCAGCUCAAAUGGUGGACAAUAUCAACGCCUGUCUAAGUUUCCUGUCUAGUCUGGGAGUUUGUGUAGAGGGAAUCAGUGCUAAAGAUAUUAAAGAAGGAAACCUGAAAGCAAUAUUAGGUUUGUUCUUCAGUUUAUCUCGAUAUAAACAACAGCAGAAGUCACAACUUGCUGCCCAGAAAUCUGCUGCUGCUGAACAAGAUAGGAUCAACCAGACCCCAACUCCUCAACAUAGUCAUUUAGAUACUGGUCAGUCUGGACAACCAAGUCAUCCCUCUACAGCACAACUCAAUGGAGGAGAGGCAUUAUCAAGGUUACCCAGCCCUUUUAAAAACAACAACAAAAACUCAGCGAAUACACCCACCAAAGACUCGCAGGGAUCUAAUGUUCCUGUCAGCAAUGCAAAUGUAUCGUCACGGAAACAAUCAUCACAAGGUGCUCACUCAACUUCCAAUGAAAAAGCUCGAUCUCAUCAAAACCAACAGAAUAAUAUAUUACAAGUUACUUCAGCAACUAGAAUGUCAAUUUUUUAUCAUUUACAAAGCCAAACAAAUCCAAAGUAUAAACCAAAAGAUAAGUCUGGCUUCCUUCACAAACAAAAUCCCCAAAAUCAAAUAGAUCAAAAUGAAUAG